AUGGCGGUACUUUGUCACCUGACCUGGCUGUCAGUUAAGAUGGUGGUGAAGUCACCUGACAUCAGUCAAAAUGGUAGUGGCCACAUGUUACAUGGAGAAGCCACAUUUUUUGAGCCGCGCUUUAAAUCAUCCUCAUUACAAGAACCACAUAGUUCUUCUGGAUUUAUGACUACAUGGCUCAGAACAACACCCAAGACAAGCAGAAGAAUGUUGGACACAAGCACAACAGUGACCACUUCAACUUUUCAUUGGAGAAGCAGCAUUCCUUCAAACUUGGCUACUCCAAAAGGCACAAGAAACUCACAGAAAACAGUGAGCAGCAUUGAAGCCACCAGCUCUGCUCCCCGCAUAUCAUUUGAAUCAGUUGUACCCAAAGCCACACUGUCCACGUUGAUACCCAAAACCACAGGGAAGAGCACUGUUUCCGCUUCGACAAAUCCAUCUAAUUCUACAAGGACUGACACACAUAAUGGGGCUGAAUUAGAUAGUACCCUUCUGCAAGACACAUCCAUGACUGUUACUAUGGUGGAGACUAACAUACCUGAGAUGAUUUCAACCACAGAUCAUACUCCUAGUCUUCCUGAAGCAUCCUUUACUAAUUCUGUUCUUGUAUCCAGAACAGAACCUGUGAACAGCAUUUCCUAUCCAAGCCCUCCAUCACCUGUUGAUUCCACAUCACAAAGACAUAGUCACUCUUUUACAGGUCCUAUAAACUCACCUGUGCCUAUUACCCAUCAUAAUCCUAAGCAAGGCUGGAAUACCACUUGGAUACAAUCUAGUACACUUGAACAAACAGAUUCAACCACAAAGUAUGAUCCCAACCCUACUGAAGCAUCCACAAAUGUUGACUCGUGGACGAGGGACGUGUCUACUGUGAACACAUCCCGUACAAACCUACAUGAGUCCACAUCAGAAGAAACUUCCAUUGGAAUCACCAUCAGGACUCCUGGUUCCAGCCUCACUACAAAGUCACAAAUGUUGUCAAAUAGCCACACAGGACAUUCUGUGAUGACAUCAAACAUGAUGACUUCUGAAGACACAUCAACUUCUGCCUCAGUUAAGCACACUAACUCCAGUGGAGGACAUGCAUUUCCACAUUCAGAAUCCAUGGCACCUUCCAACAAUGCUGCUUCAUUUCCUUGGGAAGAAUCAAUAUCAACAGAUUCCAUAACAGUGCCACGUGAGUUGCAUUCACGUGCUAUUUCUUCUAUGACAGACAGACACAAAAUAUUACCUACUAGUUCUCUGACAUCUGUCAUCAAAAUUUCUAAGAAUCUAAUCCCAACAGACUUGUCCAGAAGCUCAAGACCUAGGACUUCUUCAACUCCGAGUUUGAGUAGCAGUCCUCAGACAAGUUUCAAGAGUGAACAAUUAUCCAGUGUCUCACAGAUGACCACUGUUUCCACAGUCACAAAAGGAAACCACGUGAAAGAUAGGAGUUCAACACCCCAGCUCAAAUACACCAUAGCUACACCAGUCUUAACUGGAAAUGAAUAUUUCACAUUUAUGACCAAAUCAGAAGUUACCACAGUUCCAUCUCCACAACUAAUUUCCUUUGCAACUGCAGAGAUUAAAAGACAGACAGAUUCUACCUUGAUCUUAGCAUGGAAAAAUGAUAGUAAGUCUGAAGACACUCAUACAACCAAAGGACACAAUACUAGUGAGACUGAUGUGCUCACUAUCCCAUCUCUUCCUGAGUUCCAGACAGCAGGCUUGUUUGAGCCCAACACAUCCCUCUCAAUGCUACAUCAGUCAACAUCAAAUGAUACCUCCAUUGGAAUCUCCAUCGGGCUCCCGGAAUCUAUAACCACCACAGAAUCAGAAGAGACAACAGCCAGUCACAGGGGACAUUCUGUAGUGACAUCAAACAUGGUGACUUCCCAAGACACAUCAACCCCUACUUCAAACACAGAGACCCAGCACAGUGAGACACAGACAUUUCCACUUUCAGAAUCUAGGCUUCAUUCUGUCAAUCCUCCACCUUCAUCAUGGACUCAUUCAAUUUGGGAAGAGUCCAUGCCUGCCAGUUCUACAAAACCCACACCUGAGGCACCCUCCCAUUCUCUAGUUCCUGCCGCUGCAGACAGAUACAGCACCAGCUCCUCUCUUUCUGUCACCUCUAUCUUCACAGUUGCUAAGGACCCAAUCCCUACCAAAUUAUAUACAACCACAGGACCAGCAUCUGUUUCAAUACUAAGCCCCAACAGUGCCCAACUCUCCAAAGUCUUACAAACAAUCUCUGUUUCCUCACUCACACAAGAGAACAGCAUUGAAGAUGGGACUCACACACGUCAUUCCAAACACACCAUCACACCUACAUCAGCUCUAUGGGAAAAGGAAUCUUUCACAACCAUUAUGCCCAUCAUGGAACAUACCAGACUUCCACCUUCACAGCCUGUCUCAUCUGGAAGCACAGAGAUUGAGACAGGCACAGCUUCCUCCCCAAAGGCAGCACGGACAGACUUCGGUACAUCUGAAGACAGAAAAUCAACCAUAGAGCACAAUCCUAACCAUAGCGAAUUGCACACUAGCCCUUCUCUUUUUGAGUCUAGGACAGGAACCCUGUCUGCUGACAGCACGUUCCUGUCAGCCCCCCAUCAGUCUACCUCAGAAGAUACUCCCACUGGAAUCUCCACCAGCAAUGCAGAAUCAAAAGAGAUGACGGCAGACAUUUUGACCUACCCAAACACAUCCAGCACUACCUCAGUCAAGGACACCCAGUCCAGUGGGAUGCAUACACUUCCACAUUCAGAAUCCAUUGCUCCUUUCAACAAUCCUGCUUCAGCAUCAUGGACAGGUAUUCCUGAGGUAGGAUCCUUGUCUACAGAUUCCACAACACCAGCGUCACUUUCGCUGGCCCCUGGUACUUCCUUACCAGACAGACACCGUCAGUCUCCUGAUUCUGUUGCCUCUAUUUUCACGGUUGCCAAGGAUCUGUUUCCCACAGCUUCACACCCAAGUUCAGAUCCUGUGACUACUUACAUUUCAAACUGGAGUACCAUCUCUCCGUCAAGCUCUAACGCUGCACAUGCUUCCCAAACUUCACCUAUGAAUAAAUUUUCUUCGAUCACAUCAGGGUCCAAUGUGGAAACCGGCAGUUCUGUGCCCCAAUUCAAAUACACUAUCACACCUACAUCAAUGUCGUCUGAAAAUAAAGCUUUUCCCACUACCCUUCCCACCACUCAAGUAUCCACUCUUUCACCUACACGGUCAAUAUCACUUGAAUGUGAAAAGAUUGGGACACAGACAUUUACCCUCCUGACUAUAUCGACACCAGCAAAUAUACCUGAGAAGGUGUUCUCAAGCACGAAUUUCAUUAGUAGCCAUUCUGAAGUGCCUUACAGUUCUUCUCGUCCUGUAUCCAGAAUAGUAUCCACGUCACCUGACAGCACGAUACUUCCAAUGCUUCAACAGUUUACAUCAGAAGAUACCAAGUUUACAUCAGAAGAUCUGUCCAGUAGAAUUGUCUCCAAACUUUCUAGCUAUAGCAUCACAGAAUCAGAAGAAAUAUCUACCAGCCAGGUUGGGGAUUCUCAAGUGACAUCAAAUAUGGGCCUGUCCCUGGAAACAUCACCCAUGUCUUCAGUGUCUGAUAAUCUCAAUAGUUUCACUCCAGUUUUCCGCGUUACAGAGCCAUCCACAUUUCUAAGCCAAAGUCAUGAAGUCCAACCAAUUGCAACUUUUUCAACUCUGAAAAGAAGCCAACCUGCCGGUUCUCCAGGAUAUCUUGAUGGGCCUACCUUAGCUUCCCCUGUUACCUCCACAGAAGAACACAGCACCCCAUCUCCUAGUGUUGUGAUCUCUGACUUCACGCCUUCUAGGGAGGCAAUCACAACUGGAUUGGGUAUACAUGAUUUGUCUACUUCAUUUAUAAAUUGGAGCAAUAAUAGUACACAUUCAAGCCCAGAGACUCCACAGGUCACCAAAUUCUCAGAGAUGAGCUCUGCUUCCUCUGUGAAACCCAGUAGUUCCAUACCCCUAUCCAAAUCCUCUGUCACUCCUGCCAUUACAGCUGGCAGACUCUCCACGAGAAUCCCUCCUUCUUUCUCAGCAUCAGAAGACAUCACCACUGGAAGCAUUCUCAGCCACAUUACCUAUCCUAGCACAAAAGAACACAUAGAGUUAACCUCCAUCUUGGAGGCAGAUAAUUCUGGGUCUUUAUUAUAUGAUGCCCUGUCUAGGGACACUGCAACCACUGUUUCUGUGGCAGAGUUUUCUUCACCUGAGCCUCACACAUCUCCAUAUUUAGCAAUGAUAUCUGGAUCCAGGGGUUCUGAGGAACAGUCUUUACUCAAAGAAAAACACAUCUCUUCAGAUUCAACAUCAGCUGUGACUGAGAAAACCACACGACCUGUUACUUCUACUUCACAAGUACAAAAUGACUCUUCCCUUGACUUUGUGACUGCAUUUGUAACUUCUAUUCAAGAAACAACCUCAAUUGGAAAAGAUGAAAAUGUACUUUCUGGGAACACUUCAACCCAAGGCCCGGAUACCACAGGGUUAUCAAUUCCAGGUCCUUCAUAUGACAUAAGAAACCUCACAGCAGAUCACAUUCCCUCAAAAAACCUAGGAAACAGAAUAGAAACCAAUAGUCCUGGAGCGCAUUCCCAAGGCACUGUCCUAGUUAAUUCUGUCCCUUCAAGAAUAACAACUGUAAUGAUGACCCCGCAAAGCAAUGGGCACACAGCCCUUUCCACAUCAAUGCCCAUAUCUAAACCUGCACACACAGAAACUCAAAGAACUUUCCCCCUAACUUCAACAGAACAGGAAAUCACCAUGCCUGAGGAUACUAACUUGAUGACAAAACAUAUCUCUAAUCUUUUCACAGUGCCCACGAGGACUUACACUGGGAUUUCAAGAACAGAAGUUAACUCAGCUGAUAGAAUAUCUAUUUCAAGCUCUGAAUCCUUCACAAAGACAGCAGACAUCUUAACGGGAAAUAAUUCCAGUAUCUCUACUGUUUCCUUCCCAAACAUUGACUACAGUCAAGUAAUUAAUGCUACAGAAUCAUCCAAGGUCACAACUCUUUGGAGCACAUCAGUAACUACUGAUGAUACAGGGGAUCUCUCUACUGUAACUCAAACAGUUCUGCACCCAGACUCCAUAACUCAUUCCACCAGUUCACAAACAGACUCCCCAGUCCAUGAAGCAACCCCCUCUGGGAAGUCUGUAGAAAUACCUCUGACAGCAUCACCUUUUCUUGCUACUUCCUCAUCAGAAGGACAAAGUCUCACCUCUCCUGCUUCUGGGGUCCCCACAUUCUCUUCUGGGGAAAGAACUGCAAAGGAAUUGGACUCAAACUUAGAUUCUUUUACAACACCGUUUCCAAGCUGGCGAAACAGUGAGUUAGUCAAUUCAAAGGAUACCAGAACCUCACAAACAUCUUACAUUUUGAACAGAACUGAAGCAACCAGUGUGGACAUAACCACUCCUGGACCCCAGUUCCAAAACACUGUGUCGUCUAAAGCUGUUCUCCAAGAUGGUACUGCCUCUUCCUUUUUGUCAUUACUAACAAAGACUCCACCUUCUUCUGCUUCCUCUCUACCACCACAGAGUUCAAGCUCUACCUCUUUUCCUGAGACUUCAUUCCACACCUCUGAGUUUUCUAAGACAACGGAUACAUUGAUCAGUAGCUUGAAAACUGGACCAGGUUCACCUCCAAAUUUGAGCAGCACCUCACUUGAAAUAUUGGGCUUACCUGAAGUUACUACUGAUAGAGAAAAUUUUCAUUCUUCCUCAAAAUUUAAAGUAGCCAACACAAAGGCUGUCAGUACAGGGCAUGAGCUAAGUUCCUCUGUACCGACACCCCCUGAAUCAUCCAGGGAUGCCUAUACAGUUGGUACCUCUUCCUCCACAUGGCUGACUUCUAUGUCCACAUCAUUGCCUGCCCAUUUAGGGACUACAAGAUCUGAUACUGACCAAUUUUUCCAUUUGACUUCUGGAUUGAAGGAUACUAGCAUGUCUCUACAAACAAGCAUGCCUUCAUCUCCUGUGUCCACUCCCAUUUUGCCAAGUUCUGAGACUGCUGUCGCUUCUGCUAGGAACAUAUCAACCCCUUAUCAGACUCAGUCUUCACAGUUUACUGAAGUUCCAGUACAAACUGUCACCAUCUUACAUUCUUCAUCUAUUACUGAGUCUACUGGGGUAACAUCCUUCCCAGAAUCCAAUUUUACUGUGUCCUCACCAGAAAGUACUCAUGUUCCAAGAACUGAUAUGCCACCUGCAGAUGAGAUGACUUCAGAUGAAACCACCCUUUCUGCAGCAGAAGAUAUGGCUUCAUUGGCCACAACCAGCAUUCCAAAAGGCAGCUCACUUAUGACUUCUAACAGUCCUCAUUCAAUAACAAAGUCAAGCCAUGGUGAUGUUUUGGUGGCCACCAUUGUAAAAGAAUUACCUCCUUCAACUUCUACAUCACUGCCCUUUCCUGUUUCCACUAGCACUGACUUUACAGCCGUCCCAGCUCUGCACAAGACUACUCUUUCAGAAACAGAAGAUGGCAUGCAGUCCCAGACAGAGACCCCUGAUGGAGCUGCCCAUGGAGACACUCCAGGCCUAGUAAAGAGUCCUUUGGCUUCUAUAUCACCUACUAGCUCUAAAGAACUAUCCACAAAUGAGGCGGUAAAAGCGGAGACCACUGAUAAAGCUCUGAAAGCUACACCCAUUGUCACUUCAGCCACCAAAAUCUCUACAACUUCAAGACCCCUGACUCACCUCAAGACACCAGAGACAACAGGCAACAUAAACACAACAGAGAUGAUUAUCACAGCCUCAGAUGCCUCCCGCGAUGUCCUAGGCAUGACAGCAUCACUUUUUACAGGCUCUAGGGAAAAGACCAGCAUGGUCCUCAGAACAAGACUAUCUUCGUACAGUAGAGAACCGGAGAGCACAGUCUCGAGGAGCCCCAGUCUUUGGACAGAGACCAGCCAAGAUAGUCGUACCUUAACUGGCUCUUCUGGUGACUCUGGCACAGUCUCAUGGGUCACCUAUCCUUUGGAGAUGACUUCAGCUGCUGCCAAGAUGACCUUGAGUGCUUCUCAAGGAGAAUCAGAUUCCACGGUGUCCACAGCCACCAUUCCCAGAGGAGAAGUGAGUUCAGCUUUUCCACAGUUAACUCUUUUCUCUACAGUACCAGAUUUGCCGACCUCACUGAUUAUCAGGCCUGAAGAAAGCACUGGUAUGUUUAUUCCAACUCUUACUGAUUCCCCAAGUGAACCAAAGACAAUAGCUUCUGGGGUCACCCAUCCUGGAACAGAGGUGAGUUAUUCUGUUGCCAGCACUUUUCCUACUGACACAUCAGGAAUGGCAACCUCAUUGGAUAUUAGUACUGGAGCAGAGACCAAGCCAGCUCUCCAAUAUCUCACAGUUGCACCUAGUGAGUCACAUACAAUAUUCCCAAGGGACACACAUCUUACACAGAGCAGAAUCCUUGUUUCUAGAAAUAUUGAAUCUGAUACUACCACACUCUCAAUGGAUACCACCCAUGGGACAGAAGUCAUGCUAGCCUUUCCAACCACUACUACAUCACCUGUUAUAGCAGGAUUGGAAACCUCACUGGUCAUUAGUUCUCAGACACAGAAAAAAAAUAGUACAUCCACUAUGACUUCUGCUGAGGAACCAGAAUCCCCUGGCACACUUGUCACUGAUUCCAAAGCAUGGGGAACUACAGAUGUUCUAAAUACAAGUAAUUCAGCUGCUGUAUCAGGAGAGAUAAUAGAGUCAACUACUUCAACCCUGACUGCUUUUCCAGAUCAACUGUUUAAUACAACAUCUUGGCUCACCCAGACAGGGACAGAAGACACCACGAAUUUUUCUGCUGUGGAGAGUAUAUCCUCUAGUGAGCAAAAUACAACAACAUCAGGAAUCACCCAUCUUACAGAGACAAACGUUACUCUUCCUAAGACAGCCCUAACGUUUUCUCAUGGUGGAUCAGAUUUGACACUGUCAACCACCACAAGUACUGAGAAAGAAGCCAGCUCUGCUCUUCCCACUACAGUGACUUCACCUGGUGUACCACAUACAAUGACCUCACUGGCCACUACUUCUAGAGCAGUGACCAGUACAAGUAUUCCAUCUUUGUCUGUUUCUUUUUCUAAACCAGAGACAACGGACUCAUUUACUACCGAUGCUGGAGCCCAGACAAGUUUAGGUAUUACAAUGCCAUCUGACUCCCCUACUGUACCAGGAAUGUUGGCCUCACUAAUAACCAGUUCUGGAACAAAAAGCAGUCCAUCUCCAGCUUCAACUGUUUCCCCAGGUCAACCAGAGACCACCAUUCCAGGGGCCAUUCAUCUUGAGGCCAAGUCCAGUUUGGCUGUUCCAACUUUGGCUGUUUUUCCUGGUGAGCCAGAUACAACCAUUUCCUUAUUCACUCCUCAUGCAGCAAUCAGUCCUACAGUUCUCAAAACAGCCCCAGAUUUUUCUCAGCAUGGGUUAGAUGUUACACCCUCAGUGGCUUCCAGUCUUGGGACAGAAACAAAUUUAGCUGGCUCAUCUUCUAUUUUUUCACCUGAGUUGAAAGGGGUUCUGACCUCACUGGCUCCUAGUUUUUCAACAGUAACUAGUGAAAGUACUCCAGCUCAGUCUGUUUCUGCUGAAAAGUCGGACACCACAGUAUCAUUGGUCAGCCACCAUAGGCCACAGGUGAGUUCAACUCUGACUGUCUCCCCUGAUGUUCCAGAGAUGAUGUCACUCACCACAAGCAGUAAAUUAGAAACAAGUCUAUUUCCAACUCAGAUUGCUUUCUCAAGUCAGCCAGAGAUCACUGCUUCAGAAGUCAGCCAUCUUGCAGAUAAAGCUAGUUCUAAGAUUCCAUCUGAAACUAGAACUCCCACUGAGCCAGAUGAAGCAACAAGACCAAGUUUUUCCCAUAUGGAUUUAGACACUACACCUCCCGCACCCACAGUUAUUGGUCCAGAAACUAGUUCAUCUGUUCUAACCACAACUGUCUUACCUAUUGUCCAAGACAUGGUGACUUCGCAGAUCCCUAGUUUUGGUACAGUUUCAAAAACAACUACAUCAAUUCUGGUGCUCCAUUCUUCUGAGCCAGAGACUGUAGUUUCCCUGGCAACCAGUGCAGGGGAAGAGUCCAGUUCAGCCACUUCUACUGCAGCUGUCUCUCUAGGUGUAACAGAAGUGAUAACAUCACUGGUGUCUAGUUCUGGGGCAGAGACACAUGCAAUCACUCCAAUCCAAACUGCUUCCCCAGCUGAUCCAGACACUAUAACCUCAUGGGUCACCCACUCUGGCAGAGAAGGUACUUCAGAUGUUUUGACUCUAUCUACUUUACCUGGCGGGUCAGGUGAAACAAAAUCAUGGGAUACUCAUUCUUCAGAGACUAACCUGACAGUCCUCAUGACAACUCCAGAUGUUUCCCGCACUGCAUCAGAUAAUUUACCCUCAUUGGCCUCUAGUUCUGAGACAGAAGCCAGAUCAGAUUCUUCAACUUCUGCUUUUUCACCUAAUGUACCAGAAGUACUGAGUUCACCUGUCACUACUUUUAGGACAGUCACCAGCACCAACAUUCCAACUUUGACUCUUUCUUCUGAUAAACCAGAGACAGGAGUCUCAAUGUCCACUCAUACUGUGGUAGAAAAAACUUCAUCCCUUCCAACUAUGACAGCUUCCUCUGGUGUACUUGAGAUAGUGACUUCAUUAGUCCCUAGUUCUGAGAUUUACACCAGUACAAUUUCCCCAGAAAUAACAAGUUAUUCACAAAUACUGGAGAAAACAGCAUCACAAGUAACACUUUCUAAAAUGUCAGAAGAAAGUUCUUCUGUUGCAACUCUUACUACAGGCACAUCAACCCCAUUUGUUAUCAGUCCUGAAGAGACCAGCACAAAGGUUCCCAAAACAAGCCCAAGUUUUUCCCAUAUUGAAUCUUAUACCACACCCUCAACAGCCACCACAGUUGAACAGGAAGCUGGAUCAUCUGGUCCAAAUACUCCAACUAUAGCUAUCUCAACUAAUAGUCCAGAUAUGAUAACCUUAGAAGGCCUCAGGUCUGAAGAAGAUGCAGAGACAUCCAAACCAACUCUGACUCUUCAACCUUCUGAAUCACAUACCAAGAUGUCUGUGAUUUCUCAUGCUGGGGAAAAGAUUAGUUCACCCAUGUCUACUACUGCUGUCUCUCCAGGUGUAACAGAAAUGAUAAGACCAUUAUUCACUAGCUCUGAGAAAGGCAGCCAUAAAAGAAAUCAGACUAUUUCUUCAAGUCAACCAGAGACCACCACUUCAUGGAUCAUGAAUCCUGAAACAGAAGUCACUGCAAGGGUGCUAACUACAACCAUCUCACCCAGUGUUCUAGAAAUACUGACCUCAAAAUCUGUGAACCAAAUUCCAAAGCAACAGACUACAGUUUCAUUGGUAACUGAUGCUGGAAAAGAGCCCAGUUCAACCAUAUCUACUCUGGCUGUCUCUCCAGAUAUAACAGAAAUGGCUACAUCACUGGUCACUACCGAAGGGACAGAAAGUCAUGCAACAACUCCAACUCUCACCUUUCCCACAAAACUACCAAAUAUAACAAUACCUUGGAUUAACAGCCUUGAAAAAGAAGCCAGUUCAGGUGCUCGAAAUACAAACUUAACAUCUAGUGUUACAGACAUGAUGACUUCAACAAUCCUGAGCCACACUCCUUCUGAAGCACAGAAGAUAACAUCAUUGGCAACUCCUGCUGGGCAACAACAAAGUUUGGCCAUGAAUAGUAUGGCAGUCUCUCAGGGUAUAACAGAAGUGACAUCCCUGCUCAAUAGCUCAGACACAGAAAGCCAUGCAGUGAGUUCAAAUACAGAUUUAUCCUUAAUACAACCAGAGGUCACAAAAGCGGGUGUAACAGAUCAUGGAAGACAAGGCACUUCAGGGGUUCUAUUUAAGACCAUCUCACCUAGCGUGCCAGAAAUGAUGACCUCAUCAACUCUUUUUCCUUCUGAAACAUAUACUACAAUUUCAUUGGUUACCAACAUUGGGGAACAGACAAGUUCAGCCAUGUCUACAAGGCCUGUGUCUUCAGGCAUAACUGAAAUGAUGUCAUCACUCAUCACUAGCUCUAGCACAAAAAACUCUUUAUUGGAUUCAACUCUAUAUGUUUCCUCAAGUGAACCAGAGACCACAGACCCAAGGCUUGUCCAUCCUGGAAAAGAACUUGUUACUUCUAGAGUUCUAUCUAGAACCAUCUCACAUAGUGUAACAGAAAUGAUCACCUUACCAACUCUUACUCUUUAUAAACCACAUGGCACAGUUUCAUUGGACACCCAUAUUGGGGAACAGCCCAGUUCAGCCAUGUCUGUAAGGCCUGUUCCUCCACAUAUAACAGAAACGAUACCAUCAUUUGCCACUACCUCAAGCACAGAAAGCCAUUCUGUCACUUCAACUAUUGGUAUUUCUCCAGACCAACCAGGGACCACAUCCCUAUGGGUCACCCACCCUGGAAAAGAAGAUACUUCAGGGGUUAUAAGAACAAUGGCCUCACCUACUGUUCCAAGUGUAAUGACUUCAACAACUCUGAUCAACACUCCUCCUGAACCACAUAACAUAACAUCAUUGCUUACUCAUACUGGUGAACAUCUCAGUCCAUCCAUGUCCACUGAAGUUGUCUCUCAGGGUGGAAUGGACAUGAUGAUGUCACAUGCCACGACAGAGACACAUGAAACCAGUCCAGCUCUGCUUGUUUCACCAGGUCAAAGAGAGACCACAGCCUCAUGGGAGACUCAUGAUGAAAGAGAAGAGACUUCAGGUGUUCAAACUACCACUGUUUCAACUACUGGUCCAAACUUUGUUACUUCAACAUCUCCUAUACCUUCUGAACAACGUUCAACAGCUUCUCCCUUCACCCACAUUGGUGAACAGCCCAGUUCAGCCUUCCCUACUCUGGAUGGCUCUCCAGGUAUGACAGAAAUGAUGCCUUCACUGAUCACUAGCUUUAUCACAACAAACAGUCCAACAACUACAAUGCUGACUGUAUCCACAGAUCAAACAGAGACCACAGGUUCAUGGGCCUCCCAUUCUGUAAAGGCAGUUAGUUCAGAUGUUCUAACUACAAAUAUGUCAGCUACUGCUUCAGAGAAUGUAAGCUCAAUAAGUCCAACCUACAUUCCUUCUGAAACACAGACCUCAGUAUCAAUGGUUACUCAUGCUGAGGCACAGCCAAGUUUAUCCAUGUCUACUCAGACUGUCUCUCCAGAAGCAACAGAAAUGAUGACAUCACAGGCCACUACUACUGACUCAAAAUCACAUGAAACCAGUUCAGCUCUACUUGUUUCUUCAGGUCAAAGAGAGCCCACAACCACGUGGGUGACUCAUGCUGAAAGAGAAGACACUUCAGGUGUUCAAACUACCACUGUUUCAAAUACUGGUCCAGACCUUGUUACUUCAACAUCUCCUAUUCCUUCCAAACAACAUUCAACAGUUUCUUUUGCCACCUACAUUGGUGAAAAGCCCAGUUCAACCGUUCCUCCCCUGACUGUCUCUCCAAGUGUAACAGAAACGCUAUCAUCACUGGGCACUAGCUCCAGCACUAGCUCUGCACUAGAGACAACUCUGGCAGUUUCCACAGAUAAACCAGAGAGUACAGGCCCAUGGGUCACCCCUCCUGGAAAAGAGGACUCGUCAGGGGAUCUCUCUACAGCCAUCUCACCUGAUGUUCCAAACAUGAUGACUUCAGCAACUCUGAUCCACACUCCUCCUGAACCUCAGACCAUAGCAACAUUGGUCACACAUCCUGGUAGACAUCCCAGUCCAUCUUUGUUUGAUCAGGCUGUCUCUUCAGGUGUAACAGAAACAGAAAUGAUGCCAUCAACUGUCACUGGCUCAAGCAUAGGAAGCCAUACAAUGACUUCAACUCUGGAUGAUUCUACAGGCUUGCCUGAGAUCACAGCCCCACUGACCACCCAUCCUGAAAGAGAAGCCAUAUCAGCAGUUCCUACUAUUCCCAUGUCAACUCGUAUCCCAGAAAUGAUGACCUCAACUACUCUCAUUCCUUCUGAAUCACAUGUCACAAUUUCUUUAGUCACCCCUAUAGAACAACAGCUCAGUGCAACUUUGUCUACAAGUCCUGUCUCUCCACGUAUUACAGAAACGAUACCAUCACUGGUCACUAACUCAAACACAGAGAACAAUUCCAUCACUUCAGUUAUGGCUCUUUCACCAGAUCAACCAGGGAACACAGCCUCAUUGGUCACCCAUCCUGGAAAAGAAGGUACUUCAGGGGUUCUAUCUUCAACCACCUCACAUAGCAUACCAGAAAUGAUGACAUCACCAAAUCUUAUUUCUGCUGAACUAAACACCACAGUGGCAUUGGUCACACAUAUUGGGGAACAGCAUCGCUCAGACAUAGCUACAUGGCCUAUCUCUCCUGAUAUAAAAGAAACAAUACCAUCAUUUGUCACUAGCUCAUGCAAAGAAAGCCAUUCUGUCACUUCAACUCUUGGUAUUUCCCCAGAUCAACCACGGACCUCAUCCCUAUGGGUCACCCACCCUGGAAAAGAAGAUACUUCAGGAGUUCUAAGAACAAUGGUCUCACCUACUGAUCCAGGCAUGAUGACCUCAACAACUCUGAUCCACACUCCUCCUGAACCAAAGACCAUAACAUCAUUGCUCACUCAUACUGGUGAACAUCUCAGUCCAUCCAUGUCUACUGAAGUUGUCUCUCAGGGUGGAAUGGACAUGAUGAUGUCACAUGCCACGACAGAGACACAUGAAACCAGUCCAGCUCUGCUUGUUUCACCAGGUCAAAGAGAGACCACAGCCUCAUGGGAGACUCAUGAUGAAAGAGAAGAGACUUCAGGUGUCCAAACUACCACUGUUUCAACUACUGGUUCAGACCUCGUGACUUCAACAUCUCCUAUUCUUUCUGAACAACGUUCAACAGUUUCUCCCUUCACCCACAUUGGUGAACAGCCCAGUUCAGCCUUCCCUACUCUGGAUGGCUCUCCAGGUGUAACAGAAAUGAUGCCUUCACUGGUUACUAGCUCUAUCACCACAAAAAGUCCAACAACUACAAUGCUGACUGUAUCCACAGAUCAAACAGAGACCACAGGUUCAUGGGCCUCCCAUUCUGUAAAGGCAGUUAGUUCAGAUGUUCUAACUACAAAUAUGUCAGCUACUGCUUCAGAGAAUGUAAGCUCAAUAAGUCCAACCUACAUUCCUUCUGAAACACAGACCUCAGUAUCAAUGGUUACUCAUGCUGAGGCACAACCAAGUUUAUCCAUGUCUACUCAGACUGUCUCUCCAGAAGCAACAGAAAUGAUGACAUCACAGGCCACUACAACUGGCUCAAAAAUACAUGAAACCAGUUCAGCUCUACUUGUUUCUCCAGGUCAAAGAGAGACCACAGCCACAUGGGUGACUCAUGCUGAAAGAGAAGACACUCCAGAUGUUCAAACUACCACUGUUUCAACUACUGGUCCAGACCUUGUUACUUCAACAUCUCCUAUUCCUUCUGAACAACAUUCAACAGUUUCUUUUGUCACCUACAUUGGUGAAAAGCCAGGUUCAGCCAUUCCUCCCCUGGCUGUCUCUCCAAGUGUAACAGAAACGCUAUCAUCAUUGGGCACUAGCUUCAGCACUAGCUCUGCACUAGCUACAACUCUGGAAGUUUCCACAGAUAAAACAGGGACUGCAGGCCCAUGGGUCACCCCUCCUGGAAAAGAGGACUCAUCAGGGCAUCUCUCUACAGCCAUUUCACCUGACGUUCCAAACAUGAUGACCUCAAAAACUCUGAUCUACACUCCUCCUGAACCUCAGACCAUGACAUCAUUGGUCACGCAUCCUGGUAGACAUCCCAGUCCAUUCUUGUCUGAUCAGGCUGUCUCUUCAGGUUUAACAGACAUGGUGCCAUCAACUGUCACUGGCUCAAGCAUAGGAAGCCAUACAAUGACUUCAACUCUGGAUGAUUCUACAGGCCUGCCUGAGAUCACAGCCCAACUGACCACCCAUCCUGAAAGAGAAGCCAUAUCAGGGGUUCCUACUACUAUCAUGUCAACUGGUAUCCCAGAAAUGAUGACCUCAACUACUCUCACUCCUUCUGAAUCACAUACUACAAUUUCAUUGGUCACUCCUGUAGAACAACAGCCCAGUGCAACUUUGUCUACAAGUCCUGUCUCUCUAGGUAUUACAGAAAUGAUGCCUUCACUGGUCACUAACUCAAGCACAGAGAACAAUUCCAUGACUGCAACUAUGGCUGUUUCCCCGGAUCAACCAGGGACCACAGCCUCAUUGGUCACCCAUUCUGGAAAAGAAGGAACUUCAGGGGAUCUAUCUUCAACCACCUCACAUAGCAUACCAGAAAUGAUGACAUCACCAAAUCUUGUUUCUUCUGAACUAAACACCACAGUGGCAUUGGUCACGCAUAUUGGGGAACAGCAUAGCUCAGACAUAGCUACACGGCCUAUCUCUCCAGAUAUAACAGAAAUGAUACCAUCAUUUACCACUAGCUCAAACACAGAAAGCCAUUCUGUCACUUCAACUCUUGCUAUUUCCCCAGACCAACCAGGGACCACAUCCCCAUGGUUCACCAACCCUGGAAAAGAAGAUACUUCAAGGGUUCUAAGAACAAUGGCCUCACCUACUGUUCCAGGCAUGAUGACCUCAACAACUCUGAUCCACACUCCUUCUGAACCACAGACUAUAGCAACAUUGGUCACGCAUCCUGGUAGACAUCCCAGUCUAUCCUUGUCUGAUCAGGCUCUCUCUUCAGGUGUAACAGAAACAGAAAUGAUGCCAUCAUUUGUCACUGGCUCAAUCAUAGGAAGCCAUGCAAUGACUUCAACUCUGGAUGAUUCUACAGGCCUGCCUGAGAUCACAGCCCCACUGACCACCCAUCCUGAAAGAGAAGCCAUAUCAGGGGUUCAUACUACUACCAUUACAACUGGUAUCCCAGAAAUGAUGACCUCAACUACUCUCAUUCCUUCUGAAUCACAUGAUACAAUUUCAUUGGUCACCCCUAUAGAACAACAGCCCAGUGCAGCUUUGUCUGCAAGUCCUGUCUCUUCAGGUAUUACAGAAAUGAUACCCUCCCUGGUCACUAACUCAAGUAUAGAGAACAAUUCUAUGACUUCAACUAUGGCUGUUUCAACAGAUCAACCAGGGACCAUAGCCCCAUGGGUCACCCAUCCUGGAAAAGAAGGCACCUCAGAAGAUCUAUCUACAACCAUUUCACAUGGUGUUCCAGACACAAUGACCUCAACAACUCUGAUCCACACUCCUCCUGAACCACAGACGACAUCAUCAUUGGUCACACAUGCUGGUGGGCAUCCCAAUUUAUCCAUGUCUGCUCAGACUGUUUUUUCAGGUGUUACAGAACUGAUGACAUCUACGGCCACUACUUUUGGGUCAGAGACACAUGAAGCCAGUUCAGCUCUACUUGUUUUCUCAGGUCAAACAAAUACCACAGCCUCAUGGGUAACUCAUGCUGAAAGAGAAGACACUUCAGGUAUUUUAACCACCACUAUUUCAGCUAGUUUUCCAGACCUUGUUACUUCCUCAACUCUUAUUCCUUCUGAAUUGCAUUCCACAGUCUCCUCUGUCACCCAAAUUGGGGAACAGCCUAGUUCAGCCGUGUCUACUCUGGCUGGCUCUCCAGGUAAUACAAAAUUGAUUCCAUCUCUGGUCACUAGCUCCAGCUCUGUACCACCCACAACUCUGGAAGUUUCCACAGAUAAACCAGAGACCAUAACCCUGUGGAUCACCCAUCCUGGAACAGAAGUCUCUUCAGAGGAUCAGUCUACAACCAUCUCACCUGGUGUUCCAGACAUGAUGACCUCAACAUCUCUGGUCCACACUCCUUCUGAACCAGUGACCAUAACAUCACUGGUCAGCCAUCCUAGUGGACAUCCCAGUUCAUCCUUGUCUAUUCAGACUGUAUCUUAUGAUGCAACAGAAAUGACACAGUCACUAGUCACCAGCGUGGGUACAGGAAGUCAUAUAAUGGUCACCCAUACUGAAAGAGAAAGCACAUCAGGAGUUCCAAGUACUACCAUUUCAGCCAGUGUCCCAGAAAUGAUUUCCACAACUCUUUUUCCUUCUGAAUCACUAAUUGGAAUUUCAUUUGUCACCUCUGCUGAGGGUCAGACCAGCAAUAUAACAGAAAUGACAUCACAAGCCAAUACUUUGGGGACAGAGACAGAAGAGACCCCUCCAGUUCUAUUUGACUCCCCAGGUGAAAGAGAGACCACAGCCUCAUGGGUGACUCAUAUUGAAAGAGUACUCACUUCAGGUUCUCCAACCUCCACUAUUUCAACUAUUUUCCCAGAUUUGGUUACCUCACCACCUCUUCUUUCUUCUGAACCACAUACUACAGUUUCAUUCACUACUCUUGCUGAGGAACAACAGACAACUCAGACUGUCUCUCCAGGUAUAACAGAAAUGAUACCAUCAAUGAUCACUCUCUCAGGCAAAAAUAACCAUUCAGCAUCUUCAACUCUGGCAGAGUCUGUAGGUGAAGCAGAAACCACAACUCAUCCUGGAAAUGAAGACACUUCAGUGGUUCUGACUACAGCCAUCUCACUUAGUGGUCCAGACAUGAUGACCUCAACAAUUCUGAACCACACUCCUAAAACACAGAGCAUAACAUCAUUGGUUCCCCAUGCUGGAGGACAGCCCAGUUUAUCCAUGUCUACUCAGAGUGUCUCUCCAGGUAUAACAGAAGUGACACCAUCACUAUUUACUAACCUGGGCACAGAAAGCUCUGCAAUGACUACAAAAGUGGCUGUUUCCCCAGGUCAACCUGAGACUGUAGUCCCAUGGGUCACCCAUCCUGGAAUAGAAGAUACUUCAAGGGUUCUCUCUAUGACCAUCUCCCCUAAUGUACCAGAAAUGAUGACAUCAGCAACUCUUAUUCCUUCUGAAUCACAUACCACAGUUUCACUUGUCACCCACUUUGGAGAACAGUCCAGUUCAGCCAUGUCUACAAAAUCUGUAUCUCCAGGUACAACUGAAAUGAUACCAUCACAGGUCACUAGUAAUGGAACCAAAAACCAUCCAAUCACUUCAAGUCUGUCUGUUUCCUCAGGUCUAACAGAGUCCACAGUUCCAUGGGUCACCCAUCCUGGGAAAGAAGACACUUCAGGAGUUCUAACUUCAACCAUCUCACCUCGUGUUCCUGGUAUGCUGACCUUAACAGCUGUGAACCACAUUACUUCUGAAGCACAGACUGGAACAUUGGUCACCCAUGCUGGGGAUCAGCCCAGUUUAUCCAUGUCUACUCUGGCUGUCUCUCCCCAUGUAACAGAAAUGAUACCAUCACUGGGCACUAGCUCUGGUGUGCCAGAAAUAAUGACCUCACCAAACCUUAUUUCUUCUGAAGCACACACCACAAUUUCUUUGGUCACUGAUGCUGGGGAACAGCCCAGUUCAACCAUGUCUACAAAGUCUAUCUCUCCCCAUGUAACAGAAACAAUAUCACCACUCAUCACUAGUUCUCACAUAGAAAUGGAUUCAGUGUCUUCCACUCUGGCUGUUUCUCCAGAUCAACUAGAAAACCCAACCUCAUGGCUCACCACUCCUAUAACAGAAGCCUCUUUGAGUAUUCUAAGGACAUCCAUGUCUCCGAGUGUUCCAGAAAUGUUGUCCUCGUCAACUCUUAUUCCUUCUGAACCACAUACCACAAUGUCUUUGAUCUCCCAUGUUGGGGGACAGCCCAGUUCAGCCAUGUCUACAAGAUCUGUCCCUCCAGAAAUGAUUACCCCAACAACUCUUAUUCCUUCUGAACCACAUAACACUAUUUCAGAUGUUACAGAAAUGAUGGCAUCACGGGUCACUACUUCUGAGACAAAGAUAUAUACAGCUACUCCAGUUUUGACUGUUUCCUCAAGUCAAACAGAGAACACAGCCUCCUCGGUCAUGCUUCCUGGGAAAGAAGCAACUUCAACAAUUUCUACUCUGUCUACUUUACCUGGUGAGCCAAAAAGCACUGAAACCUGGCUCAUUCUUUCUGCCAAGCCUAGCACUCCACUUUCCACAGCAACUCUCAAAUUUUCUUCUAGUGAAUCAGACAUCAUACCCUCAGCUUCUGGGGCAGAGACCACUUCAGCCAUUCCAACAACUCUUUCAUCUGGUGUACCAUAUAUGACCACUCCACUAACUGCUGGUUCUACAACAGACAAUAGUAAAAUUUUUCUUACACUGAGUACAUUGAUGCAUGAGCCAACAUCAGCAGUCUCCCUGGUCUCCCAUUCUGCCUUAACCCAACAAACUUCCAGUUCUUCUGAUAGUGGUUUAGAUGUUACGCCCUCAAUAAUCAAUCAUCCUGGAACUGAAACCAGUUCAUCUGUGCCAACAAUGACUCUCUAUCCUGGGGUGCCAGAUGUUGAGAUCUCACAGUUCUCUAGUUCUGGUCCAUCAACCAGUACAUUUCCAAAUACAGUUCUGUCUCCUAAUGAACCAAAAAGCACAGUCUCAUUACCCACCUUCCUCAGUACAGAGAAUAACAAAACAUUUCCUGUUUCAACUGGUUUUUUUCCUUCAUUGGAGACCACAGCCUCAGUGCCCAUUACAUCUGGGGUAGAUGCUAGUACAACUCUCUUAACUCAGACUGUGUCCCCCAGUGUACCAGAGAUGACAAAUUUUCUCUUGAACUCAUCUGUGACUGAGGAGAGCAAAAGUGACCUGGGUACAACAUUUUCAUCUGGUGCUUCUGAAGAAACAGCCUCUCUCCCCAUCCACUCUGAGACUGAGACCAACACAACCAUUCUAAGUGUAACUCCUUCCCCUAUUUUAACAGGAACCACGGGUUUAUGGGCUUCCAUCACUUUUUCAGAAUCCACUCUGACUAUGUCCCCUAGUGUCUCUGGGUUUCCUGGUGCUCCUACAACUAGUAAAUCUAGCAGUGCAAGCCCCGUAAUUACCUUGAUACCAUCAGAGUCCUCAACAAGUCCAAUCACCGAACUGGAAACUACAAGUGAGACUUCUCAUUUAGCUACCACAAGUUCAAGACCCAUUGGAAAUAAGACCACAACUACACAAAACGGAAUGAGCACAUCUGGAAUGUCCACAUGGUUCUCUGAGAAUGUGACUUCAAGACCAAGUACAAGCCCAUCUCUGGAACUCUUCACCCUUAACUUCACUAUAACCAAUUUGCACCAUACAGAGGGCAUGAGAUACCAAGGAUCGAAAAUAUUCAACAGCACAGAGAGGAUCUUGAAUCGAUUGCUCAAGCCCCUGUUCAAGAACACCAGUAUCGGGUCUCUUUAUUCUGGUUGCAGUCUGACCUUACUGAGGUCUAAGAGAGAAAGAACAGCCACUGGAGUGGAUGCUGUCUGCACUUACCAUUCUGAUCCUAUGGGCCAUAAGCUGGACAGAGAGAAGCUGUACUGGGAAGUGAGCCAUAAUACCCAGGGUGUUACCAAGCUAGGAUCCUUCACUCUAGAAAAGGAGAGUCUAUACAUCAAUGAUUUUACCCACCGAACCUCUGCUCCCACUUCCAACACUCCUAUGACGUCAUCUCGGUCUUUCACAGGAACCUCUACUGCACAACCUAACCUCUCCACAGUGGCUACUCCUGUUUAUGCACAGUUCACGCUCAACUUCACCAUCACUAACCUGGAGUUCAAGGAAGACAUGCUAUACCAUGGCUCCAAGAAUUUCAACACUCUGGAGAGAGUCCUCCAGUAUCUGCUCAAAUCCCUGUUCAAGACCAGCAGUCUGGGAUCCCUCUACACAGGCUGCACACUAGUAUCACUCAGGUCUAAGAAAGACAGAACAGCCAUCACAGUGGAUGCCAUCUGCACAUAUCACCCUGACCCCAAAGGCCAUAGAUUGGACAGGGAGCAGCUAUACUGGGAGCUGAAUGGGUUGACUCAUGGUGUCACCAGACUGGAUCCCUACACCCUGGAUAGGGACAGUCUCUACGUUAAUGGUUUCACCCAUCAGAGCUCUGCACUUAUCAGCAGCACCAUGACCCAUUCCCUGGUGCCCUUUACCCUCAACUUCACCAUCACAAAUCUACAAUACACACCAGCUAUGACAAAUCCAGGAUCCUUAAAGUUCAACAAAACAGAGAAGGUCCUGCAGUACCUGCUUGCUGCUGUGUUCAAGAAUACCACCAUUGGUCCAAUGUACUCUGGGUGUCAAUUGACCUUGCUCACACCUGAAAAGGAUGGAUCAGCCACUGGAGUGAACAUGAUCUGUACCCAUCGAUCUGAGCCCACGGGCAUGGGGCUGGACCCAAAGCAGCUGUACUGGGAGCUGAGCCGUGAGACCCAUGGCAUCACCCAGCUGGACUUCAUAAUCCUAGACAAGAACAGCCUUUACGUCAAUGGCAACACAUACCUGCGGAUCUCUGUGAGUUCGAGACCAGCCUGGUCUACAAGAGCUAGUUUCAGGACAGGCUCCAAAGCUACAGAGAAACCCUGUGUCAGCACAGUGCCAGGCUCUCCUCUGGUGCCUUUCACCAUCAACUUCACCAUCACUAACCUCAAGUAUGAGGAGGGCAUGCGUCAACCUGGAUCCUGGAAGUUCAAUGCCACUGAGAGAAUCCUCCGAAGACUGCUCUGGUCUUUGUUCAAUAAAACAAGUAUCCACCUCCUGUAUUCUGACUGCAAACUGAUCUUGCUCAGGUCUGAGAACGAUGGAGCAGCCACAGGGGUAGAUGCUAUCUGUACUCACCGUCCAGACCCUACUGAGUCUGAGAUGGACAAUGAACAAGUAUAUAGGGAAUUGAGCGAGCUGACCAAUAACAUCACCCAGCUGGGCCCUUACACCUUAGACCAGAACAGCCUUUACAUCAACGGUUAUACACACCAGAGCCUGUCCAUCAUACCAAUGACAGCAGUCCCUGUCCUGGUGCAUUUUCCUAUCAACUUCACCAUCACUAACUUGGCAUUUGAGGAGGACAUGAGUCGCCCUGGAUCCAGGAAGUUCAAUAUCACUGAAAGAAUCUUGCAGAGGCUGCUGAGGCCCUUGUUCCAAAAAUCCAGUGUUGGUCCCGUGUAUUCUGGCUGUGUCCUGGACUCUCUCAGAUCUGAAAAUGAUGGUUCAGGCACAGGAGUGGAUGCUGUCUGCACUCACCACCUCGACCCCACUGGCCUGGGACUGGACAGAAAGAUAGUGUAUUGGGAGCUCAGCCGGCUGACCUAUGGUGUCAGCAGGCUGGGCCAUUAUACUCUGGACCAAAACAGUCUGUAUGUCGAUGGUUACACUCAUCAAAAUCUGGCUACCACCACCAAGAUCUCCAUGAUGACCACGGCUUCUACAGUGUUGACUACCAGCUCUCCGAGCCAUACAGCAGGUCCUGUUCCAGUGCCUUUUACCAUCAACUUUACUGUCACUAAUCUGGAGUAUGUGGAUGAUAUGGGUCACCCAGGAUCUAGGAAGUUCAAUGUCACUGAGAGACUUCUGCAGAGCCUGCUUGGAGCACUGUUUAGUAAAACCAGUGUCGGCCCCCUGUAUUCUGGAUGCAGACUAACAAUGCUCAGGCCUGAGAACAAUGGAACAGCCACAGGAGUAGAUGCCAUCUGCACCUACCAGCCCAACACCUCUAAUGGAGGGCUGGACAGAAAGCGUCUGUACUGGGAGCUGAGAAGACUGAACAAAGGCAUCAUGAAGCUAGGGCCCUACACCUUGGACAAGAACAGUUUCUAUGUCAAUGGUUAUAUGCAGCAGACUCUGGCCACCACCCACAGGACAUUAGUGAUGGCUACUGUUUCUGAAGGAAUGCCAAACACUUCUUCGGCACCCACAGCUGCAGGCCCUGUCCUGGUGCCUUUCAGCAUCAACUUCACCAUCAUUAACCUGGAGUUUGAGGAGGAAAUGGGUCACCCUGGAUCCAGGAAGUUCAAUAUCAUGGACAGAACCCUGCAGAACCUGCUCAGGCCCUUGUUCAAUAAAACCAGUGUUGGUCCAUUGCAUUCUGGCUGCAGGCUGAUCUUGCUCAGGUCUGAGAAAAAUGGAAGUGCCACAGGGGUGGAUGCCACCUGCACCCACCACCUAGACCCUGCUGGCCACAGGCUGGAAAAUGAGCAGAUAUAUGGGGAGAUAAGCAGUCUGACCCAGGGUGUCACCCAGCUGGGCCCCUACAUCCUGGACAAGAACAGUCUCUAUGUCAAUGGUUACACACACCAGAUCCUGGCUACCACUCCCAGAACCUCAAGCUCUGCUCCACUGCUGUGCACUCUUAACUUCACUAUUACCAACCUACCAUACACGGAGGAUAUGUGGGGCCCAGGGUAUGCCAAGUUCAACAAAGUGGAGAAAGUCCUGCAGCUUCUGCUCAAACCUUUGUUCCAAAAAAGCAGCAUUGGCCUACUGUAUUCUGGUUGUAGACUGACUUCACUCAGUCCCAGGAAGAAUGGAGAAGCCACAGGAGUGGAAACAGUUUGCACCUAUUACCCUGACCACGCAGGUCAUGGCUUGGCUAGAGAGCAACUGUACUUGGAGCUGAGCAAGCUAACCAGUGGUGUCACUCAGCUGGGCCCCUACACUCUGGAUCGAGACAGUCUCUAUGUUAAUGGUUACACCAAUCUUACCUCAGCACCUGUGACUACCACAUCUUUCCCAACUUCCUCUCUGACUCCAUUCUCUACAACUAAUUCCACAGGCAUUGUUACUAUCAUGGUACCCAUCACUCUCAACUUCACCAUAACCAACUUACACUACACAGAGGAGAUGGGACAUCCAGAUUCCUUGAAGUUCAACUCCACUAAGUGGAUCUUACAUUAUUUGCUUGACACCUUGCUCAAUAAGACCAUCAUUGCCACACACUACUCUGGAUGCAAACUGGCUUCACUCAGGUCAGACAAUCAUGGAGCAGCCACAGGUGUAGACAUAAUCUGCACUUUCCUCUCUGACUCAAUGAGCCCUGGGUUAGUCCAAGAUCAGCUAUUUUGGGAGUUGAGCCAUGAGACACAUGGCAUCACCCGUCUGGGCCCCUAUACCCUGGACCAGAACAGUCUCUACAUUAAUGGUUACCAUUUUGGAACUGCAUCCCCAGCUAACACUACUGGAAAAGUCAGUGAGGAGAUGUUCACAGUAAACUUCACCAUCAACAACCUGCGCUACUCUGCCGACAUGGGCCAGAUUGGCUCUCCCAAGUUCAAUAUCACAGAUACACUCAUGCAGCACCUGCUCAGCCCUUUGUUUCAGAGGAGCAGCCUUGGCCCCCUAUACACAGGCUGUAGAGUAACCACUCUGAGGUCAGUGAAGAAUGGCGCCCAGACCCAGGUAGAUGCCCUUUGCACGUACCGCCAGGUUCCCAACAGUCUGAAACUGCCUGCCAAGCCAAUUUUCUAUGACCUAAGCUGGCAGACCCAUGGAAUCACCCGGCUGGGUCCUUACUCCCUGGAUAAAGACAGCCUUUACAUCAAUGGUUACAAUGAACCUGGUCCAGAUGUACCUCCUACAACUCCAGAACCAGCCACCACCAUCUUGCCCUCCCUGUCAACAUCUCUACAGCCUGAGUCCAAUACAGCUACGAGGCACCACCUAGAAACCUUCACCAUCAACUUCACCAUCUCUAACCUUCCAUAUUCAGCUGACAUGAUCAGUGGCUCAGCCUUGUUCAACUCCACUGAGCAUGUCCUACAACACCUGCUUGGAUCCUUGUUCCAGAAUAGCUCCUUUAACUCAAGUUGCAGACUGACCUCCCUCAGGCCUGCGAAGAAUGGAACAUUCACAGUGGUGGGUACCACCUGCACCUACCAGCACGACCCUGCACAUCCUGGAAUGGAUGCUCAGGGUCUGUACUCAGAACUGAGUCAUCUGAGCCAUGGAGUCACCCAUCUGGGAAACUACACACUGGAGAAGCAUAGCCUCUAUGUGAAUGGUUACAAUGGUCCUGGUCCAGAUAUACUUACUACAGUUCCUGAGCCAAGCACCACUAUCCUGCCUUUUACAUUGACAUCUGUACAGCCAGAAUCUACCACAGCUGUGGAGCAUCAUCUGAAGACGGUCAUACUCAAUUUCACCAUCUCUAAUCUUCCUUAUUCAGAAGACAUGAACUAUAGCUCAGCCAUGUUCAACUCCACUGAGCGUGUUCUACAAUACUUGCUUACACCUUUGUUCCAGAAUAUCUCCUUUAACCCAAGCUGCAGACUGACCUCUCUCAGGCCUGAGAAGAAUCAAAACUUCACUAGUGUAAUUGUCAUUUGCUCCUACCAACAUGAUUCUGAGCAUCCUGGGCUGCACACACAAGACAUAUAUUCAGAGAUGAGCCAUCUGACCCAUGGAGUCACUCAGCUGGGCAACUACACAUUGGACAAAGAUAGUCUCUAUGUGAAUGGUUACAGCGGAACUAGUACAGAAGAAUCAACGACAAAUCCUAAAUCAGCCACUACCAUGCUGCCUUCUCCAACAAUACCUAUGCAAACAGAAUCCACCACAGCUGUGGGGCACCACUUGAAAACUGUAUCAGUCAGCUUCACUAUUUCCAACCUCCCAUAUUCAGCAAAUAUGAACAAUGGCUCAGCUGUGUUCAACUCCACUGAGACCCUCCUAAAGAAUCUGAUGGAACCAUUGCUCCAUAAUGGUUCUUUCAACUCAAGUUGCAGACUGGAUUCUCUCAGGCCUGAGAAGAAUGGAACUGCCACUGGUGUAGAAAUCAUCUGCACAAACUUGCAUGACCUUGCACAUCCUGUGUUGGACACCCAGGAAUUGUACUCAGAGCUGAGCAACCUGACCCAGGGAAUAACCCAGCUGGGCAACUAUACACUGGACAAAGAAAGUUUACAUGUGAAUGGUUAUAAUAAACCUGGUCCAGAAGAACCUCCUACAACUCGUGAGCCAGCCACCACUACCCUACCUUCUCCAUCAGCAUCUCUGCAACCAGAACCGGCCACAGGGCACCAUCUAAAAACCCUCACAAUCAACUUCACCAUAACCAAUCUUCCAUAUUCAUCAAAUAUGAGCAAUGGAUCAGCUCUGUUCAGCUCAACUGAGAGUUUGCUCCAGUACCUGCUUGGACACGUGUUCCAGAAUGACUCCUUUAACUCCAGUUGCAGACUGGAUUCCCUCCGGCCUAAGAAGAAUGGAACAGCCACUGGUGUGGAUGCCAUCUGUGCCUACUACCAUGACCCUGCACAUUCUGGGAUGGACAUCAAAGAGCUAUACACAGAACUGAGAAAUCUAACUCAGGGAAUCACCCAUCUGGGUAACUACUCUCUGGACAAGGACAGUCUCUAUGUCAAUGGUUAUAAUAAGCCUGGUCCUGAAGAACCUUCGACAACUAUAGGAAACCAUCUAAAACCCCUCACAAUCAACUUCACCAUAACCAACCUUCCAUAUUCAUCAAAUAUGAGCAAUGCCUCAGCUCUGUUCAGCUCAACUGAGAGUGUCCUCCAGUACCUGGUGAGACCCUUGUUCCAGAAUGAAUCCUUCAACUCCAGUUGCAGACUGGAUUCCCUCAGGCCUAAGAAGAACGGAACAGCCACUGGUGUGGAUGCCAUCUGUGCCUACUACCAAGACCCUGCACAUCCUGGGAUGGACAUCAAAGAGCUGUACACAGAGCUGAGAAAUCUAACUCAGGGAUUCAAUCAUCUGGGUAACUAUUCACUGGAAAAGGACAGUCUCUAUGUCAAUGGUUAUAAUAAACAUGGUCCAGAAGAAACUCCUACAACUAUAGGGCACCAUCUAAAAACCCUCACAAUCAACUUCACCAUAACCAACCUUCCAUAUUCAUCAAAUAUGAGCAAUGCCUCAGCUCUGUUCAGCUCAACUGAGAGUUUGCUCCAGUACCUGCUUAGACACAUGUUCCAGAAUGACUCCUUCAACUCCAGUUGCAGACUGGAUUCCCUCAGGCCUAGGAAGAACGGAACAGCUACUGGUGUGGAUGCCAUCUGUGCCUACUACCAUGAGCCUGUUCAUCCUGAAAUGGACAUCAAAGAGUUGUACACAGAGCUGAGAAACCUAACUCAGGAAAUCACCCAGCUGGGUAACUACUCACUGGACAAGGACAGUCUAUAUGUCAAUGGUUAUAAUGAACAUGAUGCAGAAGGACUUCCUACAACUCCUGAGUCACCCACCACCAUCCUGGCUUCUCCAUCAACAUCUGUGCAGCCAGAACCCACAACAGAUAUGAAGCCACCCACUCGUCUGCCAACAGAAAUCCCAACAACCAGUUCCAGCUCUCAACAUUUCAACUUGAACUUCACCAUCACCAACCUACCCUAUUCCCAAGACAUAGCUGAGCCAGGCACCACCAAACACCAGCAAAACAAGAGAAGUAUUGAAUAUGCGCUCAACCAGCUUUUCAGAAACAGCAGCAUCAAGAGUUAUUUUUCCGACUGUCAAGUUUUAGCCUUCAGGUCUGUCUCCAACAGCAACCACACAGGGGUAGAUUCCCUGUGUAACUUCUCACCAUUGGCUCGGCGAGUGGACAGAAUUGCUAUCUAUGAGGAAUUCCUUCGGAUGACACAGAAUGGUACCCAGUUGCUGAAUUUCACACUGGACAGGAAGAGUGUCCUUGUGGAUGGGUAUUCUUCAAACAGGGAUGAUGAUGUGAUAAAGAAUUCUGGUCUUCCCUUCUGGGCCAUCAUUCUCAUCUGCUUGACAGUACUACUGGUAUUCAUCACAUGCCUGAUGUGCUGUUUCCUGGUGACUGUCUGCAGAAGAAAAAAGGAGGGAGACUACCAGGUUCAACGUCACCGCCUAGGUUAUUACCUGCCUCACCUAGACCUGAGGAAGCUCCCGUGACUCCACCUGCCAGCAGUACCUUUCCCCUAGCAGGGUCCAAAGAAUAAA